AUAGUUAAUUCGCGUAUACGAAACAUCCAUUCUACAUUAAAAUUUUUUUAUCUCGCUAUCGAAAUGCUCCGACGUGUUGUCGGAAAAAUGCGCGGAUAUAUAAUACUUAUAUACAACGUUUAUAGGUAUUUAAUUCAAAAUAUAUUGUUGAUAAUAUUUUUUCACCGUGCUUUCCAUGUUUUAAGGUUAUGUCUUAGGUUAGGUUAUGCUCCUUGGCCCUUGGCGAGGCACACAAAGCACGUUACCCGAGCCAGUUGCGCAGUCAGCAGAUAACAGCGGUAACAACUCGAAAGACGACGCGAGAAAGAAUUCCAGUAAAAGUAGCCAAAACUCAACGGAUGCGAAUCCAGGAAGUGAGAGCACAUUGUUGAUAGAGCGUGGUUGGCUGUUGAAAAAUCUUUCUGCGACGUAUAGGCACACGGCGUGUCUUAAUUUUUAUCCUGUCAGUUUUCUACAAUCGCGAAACUAUGCUGCUAGGAAAGGUACGAGAGAAAAAGCGAGAAAGAAGAAAGUCAAGGUGGUCAUCGAAAAAGUAGGCUUCAUUCCACACGAUCAGAGAGGGGCGAAAAGAAUUGAGACCAAAAACAAGAAAUUGGAGUUGAAAGAUGUUAUACAAGACGAUAGUAAGAAGCCCGAACCAAUAGAUAAUGUAUGGAUUUCAAAAUUUCACAAAUGGAAAAUUAAUUCGUUUGAGGAAGCAGUGCAGGGCCAUCGCGAGACGCAUCAUCCCACUAUAUAUAAUUUACCAAAUGCAUCUAUAAACGCAUUUAUAGAAUUGGAUAUGCAGGGUGUAAAAAAGACAAAAUUUGUCGACGCUUUCACACGAAUUGCAUGCCUACCGCAUGCAUUCGAUCAUGGUCAAAACAGAAAGAUACUGGCAUUCUGUAAGAGUUCCGAAAUGGAGGAUAUUGCGAGAAACGCUGGAGCUCAUUUCGCCGGUGGUAAACAAUUGAUAAAACAGAUUCAGAAAGGAGAAUUUUCAUUGAAAGAAUACGACAUUAUUGUAUCAGAACCAAGUAUUUUGCCUGAUUUGCUGCUAAUUAGGGGGCUUAUGAGGAAAAAAUUUCCCGGCGUUCAAUCAGGUACUCUGAGUACUGAUAUAAAAAUGCUCGUAACGAAAUUUCUAAUGGGCAUAAAAUAUACAGGAAUGCCGCAUGACGUUGUAAAGUCUUAUGGAACCAUCAAUAUUGCAUUUGGAACGCUUGAUAUGGAGAUGAGACAGUUGGAAGAGAAUUUUGCUGCCAUUAUUAAGGACGUCAAUAACGCGAAGCCACGUCGACCGGGACCUUUUAUCACAAGAACUCGUAUUACAUGUUCGCCAUCGCCAGAACUGUUUAAAGUUGACUUUGAACAGUAUCUGGCUGAAGAUAGUGCGCUAGAACCAGAAGAAGAAGAUGAUGAUGAAAAGCCGGACGCUGUUAUUGCGUCUCAUUAAUUUUGUCCAUAGGGUCAUCAAUAAAAUCAUAUCUACAGUUAUAAAUGUA